AUUUUGUCUUUUGUGUGGUCUGAAACAAAUGGUACAUAGAUUAUAUUCUGACAUUCAACAUCGCCACUGAUUGUUCACAAAGAAGCAUCAUGAAUAUAAGAAAAUAUUCGAUCAAAAAGCUGCCAAACUUUAUUCAACUAAAUCAAUGUCAUAAUAAUGAUUACUCUUGGUGAUAUUCAAAAAACAGGUGUACAAAAUGUCUCAUUAAAUAAUUCAGUGAAUAUUAACAAUUCUGUGGUGUUAAUUAUUAGUCCAGAAAAAAUAGAACUUCAACCUGGUCUCAUUGCUUUGGUAUCACUGAUGGCCUUGAUAUUAUUCAUUAUGACUGCGAUAUUAUUAUUGCCCAAAUCUAUUCAAGAUAAUGUUUUCCAACUUAUAUUACACCAGGCGCCAGAUCAAACCUUUAAUUAUAUUGAUGUAGGUUUGUACAAAACCAGACAUUCCAUAUAUCGUAAAGAAGUUUAUUCAUUAGCUAUGCAAGGCAAUCAGUCGAAAAAGAAAUUUGAAGCACAUACAUUACUCAGCAGUAAUACUACUAUCAAUCCAAGUAGACAUAAAUAUAACAAUCAAUCGAAAGAAACAACUACAAAACCUACUUUUUCAUCUGUUUCAGUUUUAGAAGAUUUUGAUAGACAUAAACAGUGUUCAUUUUCUAGUUUAACAAGCAAAUCUUUAUUCCCUUUACAUAAGUGUCAUACUCAUAAUCAUAGUCCACAAAUGAAAAACACGAAAUCAGUAAUGUUUACUGAAAAUCACUGUCCUAACGUUAAUGAUAAUAAUGAUAGUAACUGUAGCUGUUAUCGUGAAAGUGGUGAUAGUUAUGUGUUAGCUAUCAGUCGACGUAAUUCAACUUCAAAUAUAAUAAACAAUACCUCCAUUUAUAGUUCAAUGAAUAUGCAAACAUCCUCGUCGCAUAUCAGAUAUUCUCUACCCUCAUGCUUCACUCUAAGUAGUCAAAGUAACAAUUCAUCAAGGUUACUUUCGUUUACAGCUAUCUCACUGAACUCAAAGCAGUCAUUACUGUUGAACAAACGUGUGCGACUUCAACUUUCAGAUAAUUUUACCGAUGGAAUUAAUUAGUAUUUAGAGAAGACAAUUACACUGCAUAUUAAGACUGUAUGGCUAUCUGGUUAAGUAUCUGAUAUGGUCAUCUACACUUAGUUGUAUGCAUUUUAUUGGUCUGAUGACUAAUUCAAAUACUCACCAAUGGAGGAAAAAGUGAGAGUCGGUUAACUUUCAGGUACUUUAACCCGACCGACGGGGCAGCUUUCGGAACGAUGACUUGGAGUUGACCGUUAUUCAGGUACUUUUCGACAUAAUUUGUCAAUUCUAAAAUACGAUAUUUUUUGUUAACUCGUUGUUUAUUGAACGUUUUGUAAAUUAUCCCCCCUUUUGUUAUUACACUUUACAUUAAAU